UUUUUUUUUUUUUUUUUUUUUUACAAUUGAGAAUUGUAAUUUAGUUAGGAAGUGAAAACCCAUUUCUGUCCUUUCUUGAAAUCUGUACAGGUUAGGUUAGACCUUGUGGCAACAAAGAUUAUACAAGACAGUUUUCUUUCGAAACAAAUUCCCAUUUCGUUUCUUUCUUUUCUUUUUUUUUAGUGGUUCAUUUUUUCAAGUUUGCGAGUUUGCUAAAAGCACGAGACUUGAAACCUUUUUGGGUCACCCUUGUUUCUGUCUAUUUGUUUCUUCCUUUCCGUUCGCUUCUGCAUAAAUGUAUCGGUGUUUGAGUACCAAGAAGCUGUUCUUGACUGUCCAAGGAAGUGGUACAUAGAAAUAUCAGAAAGUUGCUGCGGAGGUUUGUUUGCGUUCAUGAUGAAAUUGCUAGAAAUGUGGUACCGGUGUUUGAGGUUAUGUUUUCAUGUGCUUACUUGCUGGUUUAAUGAGUUUUGGCAGGAGGAGAAACAUGAAACAUGGAAGUCGUAUGGAACUCGGCCUUCAGUUUGGUUUAUGUAUGACCGUAUCCUUUGGUUUAAUCGUUUGAGUGUGUUUGGGAGCAUGGGUUUAAGGUUCUCAAUUGGAGCCUAAGCUUACAUGCCUCAAAUUUUUAUAUUCACUUAAUUUAAAUUAAGCUAUACCAUAAUAUCAUGUUUGAGGGUGUGUUUGGGUGUUGGGAUAACUAGGGAUCAUUGCACUGUCAUAUCAUAACAGGUUGUCUAAUUGGAGCGCGACCUAAGGCUCAAACCUUUGCGCCUCAUGUGACCUUCUGACGAACAGUGUACAAAAGGCGUAGGUGAGACACUUUUUAGGGUAAAAAUUCACCUGAGGUGUGCGCCUUUUGUACAUGGCUUGUUUUUGUGCAGCCGAGUGUUGUUCAACAAGCUUUAUUAUGUUAGGCUUUAUUAUGUUGUACAUUUAUGUUUUCUUUUUUCAUUUUAAGACGUACAUAAAGCUUAAUUAUAGGUAAAUCAUAGGUAGAGGAUUCUAAAAACCUAUGUGAUAUAUUAAAUAAAUUAUAUAAUCAGUUUGUGCCUUCCGUAUGAAAAGCUCACUGCUUUUGUGUUUGCGUCUUGGUUUUAGACCUCGUCGCUUUUGUGUGCUUUCCGCUUUUUUAAACCAAGACAUUAAGAAACAAAUAGUUUAAACAUAUCGAAAAAUAGUUAUACAUUAGUACAUUAUUUUGUUUAUUUUAAAUUUUUUAACAUAUAACAGCUUUGCUAAUUUUUCUAUUAGUUUUUUUAAGAGAGAAAUUGAUGUGAAUCAGUAAGAUAAUAGUCAAUUGGGCCAUACCUUGAUAGAUUUAUAUAAAGAAGCGUCGUCUAAUAAGCAAUUAGGCCAUUCCUUGAUAGCUUUAUAUAACGGACCGUUGUUUAAUAAUCAAUUGGGCUAUCCCUUGAUAUACUAUUUAUUUGAAUCAUCACUACAUUGAAUAAAAAAGUUAAUUGAAUUUUUUUUGGUAAUGUUUCAUUUGAAUAGUCUCAUUAAGUGGAAAAUAAACUUAUUCUUUUAACAUAAUAUUUGAUGAAUUAUUUAUAUUUUGUAUGCUAUAUAGUUGGACUUAUUUUUUGAUUUAUAUCAUCCUGAAAUUUAUAUAUUUUACGUACUUUAACAUUGUAUAAUAAUAAUGAAAUAUAUGUAAUUUAUCAUUUAAUUUUUAUGUAGUUAAAAACAAAAAUUUAGAAUGGUAUUUUUUUUGGAAAUCCUAACGGCUAUAAUUUAACAAACUAACUGGUAUACCGGAUACUCACAGGUACGCUGGUACCCAACAAGUAUUGAGCUAAUUGUGGGACACGGUUGUAUGCGCAUAUAAUGUAUAUAUGUAUGGGUGCUCGGGGGGAAAAAGUGAAAGUGCACUAAUUUUAACGUUAUUUUACUAAUUUUGUGAAAAUAACGUUAAAAGAGGGGGGUGGUUAAUCAUACACCAUGUGGUGGCGUUGAUAGCCGAAAGACAAAGGGGUACAUGCACUAAUCGGCAGUUAUCUCAAUUGCUGAGUGUUAUGUGUCUUAUGUACAAGGCUUGAUGCAAAACUACUAUCGAGCUGGAGGUCUCACUGGAAGCAGUCUAUCUAUUCCAACGGGGUAGAGGUAAGACUGUCUACAUCUUACCCUUCUCAGACCUUACCUUAGCUUUGCUAUUGGUGGGAUUUAGUGAGUAUGAUGAUGAUGAUGAUUAUGAGAUUGAGAUUAUCAAUGUACAUCUCAUUGCCAUCAUGGUAGAUAUACGUGUAUUAUGCAAACGAUAUUAUAUGCAUAUAAAAAGUGGAUUGUGAGAGGGAUGUUUUUGGAUGUUUGGUGUUGUGGGAAAAAUAUAAGUUUUUUGAAGGAUGUUUGAAAUCUCAUGUGACAUGUGAAGGGGAGGUCCGUGUGAGUUGUGGAUGUGCUUAGGUUCAUAAAUGAUGAUUUUCGAACAAAGUCUACAAGUUGAGGGACUAAAGUUUAAAUAAAGAAUAGUCCAGGGGUAUUUUUCCAUCAGAUAUCCACGUCCCCUAUAAAUACCACCAUCUCUUCUUCUUCUCUGUUGAUGAGUUUAGAUACAUACAUCCAGAAAGCAUAACCCUCAUCAGAUCCGAUCAACUUUUCGUCAGAUCUGCAAUCAUCAUGUCUUCAACAUUCUCCGGCGAUGAGACGGCUCCGUUCUUUGGCUUUCUCGGUGCCGCAGCUGCUCUAGUUUUCUCCUGCAUGGGGGCGGCAUAUGGGACGGCCAAGAGUGGUGUUGGAGUGGCGUCAAUGGGAGUGAUGAGGCCGGAAUUGGUGAUGAAGUCGAUUGUGCCCGUGGUUAUGGCUGGAGUGUUAGGUAUCUACGGGUUGAUCAUAGCAGUUAUUAUCAGUACCGGGAUUAACCCCAAGGCCAAAUCUUAUUAUCUCUUUGAUGGAUACGCUCAUCUUUCUUCCGGUCUUGCUUGUGGCCUUGCUGGUCUUUCGGCUGGCAUGGCCAUUGGAAUCGUUGGUGAUGCUGGUGUCAGGGCCAAUGCACAACAACCAAAACUAUUUGUUGGGAUGAUCCUGAUUCUCAUUUUUGCGGAAGCUCUGGCUCUCUAUGGUCUAAUCGUUGGCAUCAUCCUUUCUUCUCGUGCGGGUCAGUCCCGAGCCGACUAGAAGAGCAGCGGUCUUGGUGGACUAUCCUGUCUCUGUGGUGGUGUCUGUUGAGUUGCAGACAUGAUCAAUUCUUUGGUGGUGAUGAUACCUUGGCCUAUGGCUACGCUCUUCCAGUAGGUUUUAGACCAAGCUCUAGCUCUCAUUUAUAAUAAAUUCACCUCUUUUAUUGUAUACUGGAUAAUUAUUUUUGCACAUUUUCUCCACAUUUGUUGGUAACUAUUUAUUUUAUGGUCAAGAACUCAGUUUCAUACUUUCAUCACAUGUAUGAUACCCAACAAACGUGACGCGGCUUUUUUGGUUCUCGUA